CCAAGCAUCAAAAAUGGGUGCUCGACCACGAUUGGGCGUAUUCCAAGCGACUAAUAAAGAAAUAGGCAUCAUCUUUGCUACUCCAAAAGUUUCGGAAAUUCACAGGAAUUUCACACUUCAAGCUCUAAGAAGGCUAGGCCUCGGUAAAAAUACUAUGGAAGACAGAAUACAACAGGAAUCAACUUAUUUGAUUGAGGCUAUCCAGAGUAAAAGUGGAAAACCAUUUAAUCCCAGUCGAUUAUUUCUGUACGCUGCAUUCAACAUUUCAUGUUUGAAUACGAUGGGUGAAAGAUAUCCAUACGAUGAUAAGAUACUGGAACAAAUGGGUUCGGAACUUGUAGAUGGAUUACGGGAGAAUGGAUUACAUAUUUUUUUGAUAUCAAUGUGCAAAUAUCUGAAAUAUUUUGUUCCGUUCAAAACAGCAUGGAAAAGAUAUGUACAUGAUUUCAAUGAUCUUCUUAAAUUUUUUACGGAGAAAGUAACAGAACACGAAAAUACUUACGACGAAAACGAAAUGCGAGAUUAUAUUGACAUUUUCAUGGAAGAAAUGAAGAAGAAAAAUCAUGAUCCAACAUUUCACAAUCGUCAAUUAUUAGUUGCUUUGCAUAAUUUGAUGGAUGCAGGAUCUCAAACUCUGUCAUGUACUCUCUCUUGGUGCAUGAUUGCCUUGCUGAAGUAUCCGAAAUAUUACAAAAUAAUUCGAGAUGAAGUCGAUUCUGUCGUGGAUCCAAUCAGUUACGUGGGCAGUUCAUAAUGAUCCGAAGUGUUUUCCUGAUCCAGACAAAUUUUACCCGGAAAGAUUUAUCAAUCCAGAGGAUGGAUCCUUCCAAAAAUCAAAAUAUUGGAUACCAUUCAGCAUAGGUAAACGUAAUUGUCUCGGAGAU